AUGAAGCUCGCAGUCGGAUUUUUAGCUGCCCUGGAAGUAGCGAAUGCCCAGUACAAGCCGAAAAAAUGGCACAGCAAGUGGAUCAAAAAGUCGGCGAAGAACCCGAUGAAAACCUUUGCUAGAAUGACAACUGCUGAAGAGCAAAGUCCGUGCGAAAAUGCGACGCUGACGUUUGUGGAGGAAAAUCCAAUUGACAAUGGAUUUUGGAACUGCCCAUCGAUGGAAGAAGCUCAGUCGGAGAUUUCGUGCUUUGGAAAAUGCAACGAAGGAUUCGAGGAAGAAUGGAAACGCGCACUGGUAAUCGUCCAAUGCAAGAAUCCACCCAACACCAAGAAUAAAGUCAAGGGCUCCCUCAUUUGCUCGCAGCCCUCAACUGCUGGCGAAAAAUGCACGACGGCAGAGAACGAUUUUAUCGCUCAAAAUCCGAUUGAAAACGGCCAUUUUGAAUGCGCAGAUGAUGCAGAAACUGGAGGGAGAAAAUGCGAAGCCACUUGUGACGAUUCUAGCGCUCAGUCAAGAUGGAAAUCUGGGUCUUUCAUCGUUCUUUGCGGCGAGAAGAUCAAAAUCAAGAGCAAACUCAAAGGAGAGCUCGCUUGCCAAGCCUCCAGCUCCGGCGAUCUAUGCAAAGCCGCCCUCGAAAAUGGCGAUUUUUCCAUCCCGUCCGGCUCACUCGACUUUACCCACGAAAAGAAAGGCACUUCGAACUACGAAGUGAAAUGCGACGACGGUCAAGUUAUGGGCACGGCGCAAUGCAAGGAUGGAAAGUUCUUUUCGAAAAAACUCGCGGAUUUUCCAGAUUCCUGUUCGUCCUCUUCCUUUUGUACGGAAGAAGUGGCGUACAAUAUCACAGAUAUUGGCGACGGGUACUGGCAGUGUAAGAAUAAACAGCCAAAUGAGCUGUAUUGUAAGGGCAAAUGCAAUCAGGACAAGCAGAAAAUCCGUUACGGGCUUCGCUGCACCGGCAAAGGCUGGGAAUUCGUCGACAAGCAAUUUCUCGGCGACCGAUGCGAAGGGGAAUCGACAACUGGCUCUCCUGGAACCACCGAUUUGCCUUCUCCGAUAACCUGUAGCGCGGAUGCGGCGCUUGAGGAGUAUCCUCUUGGCGACGGAAAGUGGAUUUGCAAGGAGCGUAAGAAGGGCUUGAUUUGCAAUGGACAGUGCGAUGAUAAAGGAAAGAAGAUUCGAUUCAACGUCGGUUGCUGGGAAGACAAAGGCUGGUCAAUCACUAAAGACCCCGACUUUUCAGAUGAUGUCUGCUCCUAUACCGAUCCCGAAACCACGACAAUCCUUCCAACAACAACCAAGUAUUCCGAAGGAACAACAACUAUAAUCACAACGUCAACAACAACAAGCCCUCCACCAAUGCCAUGCACAGAAAAAGUCGCCACUGAUCUCUUCGACAUUGGAUUCGGAUCUUGGCAUUGUCACGUGAAGGGCAAGGACAAAUUCAUGUGCAAGGGAAAAUGCGAAAACGACGACGAGGAAAUUCGGUACAAAAUCGCCUGUGACGAUUUAUCGGGUUGGCGAAUUUCGAAAAAUCAUCAAUUUUCUGAUGACAAAUGCUCUGAACCAAUCCCAACAACGACUGAAGAUCCUACAACAACUACCACUUCCACCACAACAUCCACUUCCACAACAACAACAACAACCACAACAACCACAUCCACCGAAGAAGUAACAACAGAGGCACCGACAACUUCAGGCGGACUAACAACAACGACGGCAACAACGACAUCUUACACGCUGUCAACAACAGGAUAUGACGUAGAUACAACAACGACUCCCCUGACAACGACGAAAUACGACUACACGACCUAUUCCGGCUCUACCACUGAAACAACCAGCACUACUGCCUCCACAACUUCUGGUGGAUCGACAACCACGAGCGCCUUGGCAACAACAGAGAGCACAACAUCUGCCGCAACUGGAACGUCUUCUACUCAACCAACACCAAAUCCGAACGUCCGGCGAUUCCGAGGAAGAAAUUUCGGAUACCACCGGCCGACUUAUUCCUACCGAUACCGCGGUUAUUGA